AUGUCUUCGCCAAAACCUCACUUCACUCUCUUCUCAGCGAUUGGCCCGCCUCCUAAUCCAUGGAAGGUGGUCAUGAUCCUUGAGGAGCUUGGCCUCGAGUACGAGUCCAUCUACCUCGACACCCUGAAGGGCGAUCAGAAGCUGGAGUCGCACACCAAGUACAACCCGAACGGCCGCGUGCCAUCCCUCGUCGACCACAAGAACAACGACUUCGUCGUCUGGGAGUCCUGCGCCAUCAUCGAGUACCUCGUGGAGAAGUACGACACCGAGCGCAAGAUCUCGUUCGCAGGGUUCGAAGACCGCAUCCUGCUCUCGCAGUGGCUUUUCUUCCAGGCCUCGGGCCAAGGCCCGUACUUUGGCCAGGCCGGAUGGUUCACGUUCUACCACCACGAGAAGAUCCCGAGCGCCAUCGAGCGCUACCGUAAGGAGAUCGUGCGCGUCAUCGGCGUGCUCGACGCGACGCUCGCGACGCGCCAGUGGCUCGUCGGCGACAAGCCGAGCGCCGCGGACUUGUCCUUCAUCGUGUGGAACUAUUCGACGAUGAAGUACACUCUUGCGGGCUGGGACGGGCUCAACGUGGACGACUUCCCGCAUUUCAAGAGAUGGCACAACGAACUUCUCGCGAGGCCGGCAGUGGCGAAGACCAUCGCGAUGUGGGAGGAGAAACGGGGCGGUUGA